CUCCUCGCUCCAUCACCCCCUGCCCACCAUGGCCCAGCGGUACAUGAUCCCCUGGCUCUAUGACCUGGGAAUCUGGAUCUUCACGCUAUGUCUGGACAUUUUCUUUCGCGAGGUCUACUCGCGCGGAGCCUGGCGCAUCCCCAAGCGCGGCCCCGUGAUUAUCGUCGCCGCUCCCCAUGCCAAUCAAUUCGUCGACUCCAUCUUGUUGAUGCGAAUUCUGAAGCAUCAUGCUGACCGCCGCACGUCGUUUCUCAUCGCCGAGAAGUCCAUGCGCGAGCCGUACAUCGGUACCAUGGCCGGCUGCAUGGGUGCCUUGCCCGUCGUGCGCGCCAUGGACAACGUGAAGCCUGGCUCGGGGACGAUCUACUUGCCCGACCCGGAGGGCGAUCCGACACUGCUGCGCGGUCGCGACACCGAUUUCACCACCGAUCAGUUCAUGGAGGGCGGUGCGAUCAUCUUGCCUCGCGUCGGUAAGGUGAGCCCGGAGCAGCAGGCCAUUGCCGACAUCUUGGGCCCUCAUGAGCUGCGGCUGCGCAAGCCUUUCAAGGAAUUUCCCCCGGACCAUCCCCUGUACAAGGGACUGCGCGAGGGCACCUCCUUCAAGGUGGCGCCGCACAUUGACCAGAGCAAGAUGUUCGACGCCGUCUACAAGGAACUCUGCGCCGGCGGCUGCAUCGGCAUCUUCCCCGAGGGUGGCAGUCACGAUCGCCCGAGUUUGCUUCCGUUGAAAGCCGGCGCUGCCAUCAUCGCCUUGGGUGCGUUGGCACGGGAACCCGAUUGUGGCCUGUCCAUCAUUCCCUGCGGCAUGAACUACUUCCAUCCCAACAAGUUCCGCUCUCGCGCCGUCGUCGAGUUUGGCAACCCCGUGCAGGUGCACCCCGACCAGAUCGAGGCGUUCAAGGCCGGGGGGAAUUCCAAGCGCAAUGCCGUCGGAUCGUUGUUGGAAACUAUCCAAGAAGCCCUGACGGCCGUGACGCAGCAGGCGCCCGACCACGAGACUCUCGCCCUGAUCCAAGCCACCCGACGGCUCUACAAACCGCUGCGCAUGAAGCUCCCCUUGCCCCUGGUCAUCGAACUGAACCGGCGACUCCUCAAGGGCUACACGCAGUUCAAGGACGAACGCAAGGUGGUGCAGCUGAAAAAGGCCGUCACUGACUACAACCGACGGCUGCGCGCGCUGGGCAUUCGGGAUCACCAGGUUGAAUGGGGUGAUGUGCAGCACCGACCGUGGUGGUUGGUGUUCGGCACGCUGCUCUAUCGCAUUGGCGAGCUGUUGACCGUCGCCGUGGGCACCUUGCCGUCCGUCGCGCUCUUCUGGCCCGUCUUUGUGACGACUAAAAUCAUAUCUGUCAAGAAGCAACGGAAGGCCCUGGCUGGCUCCGUUGUCAAGCUGGAGGGCCGCGACGUGGUCGGCACCUGGAAGAUUCUCGUCGCCAUGGGAUUGGCGCCCACCCUGUACACCUGGUACACCGCGAUCGGGACGAUCUGGCUGUCGUACUGCCGCAAAGGCGGCCAUUACGCGACGGUCGUGCCCUGGUGGAUCAACGCCGUCACUUACGUGCCCGACUGGAUUCCCUUGUCCGCCUUCGCCGUCUUCUUCUUCGGCUUGAUGAUCUCGGUCUCCUUCGCCGGACUGCGAAUCGGCGAGAUCGGCAUCGACGUGUUGAAAUCCUUGCCACCGCUACUGGUGGCUCUGAGCCCGCGUUCCUCCAACAAUCUGGCGCAACUGCGCGCCCAGCGGCAGGAACUGUCCGCGCGCGUGGUUGACACCAUCGACACCUUCGCCCCCGAGAUAUUCCCCGACUUCGAGGCGGAGAAGCUCGUGCCGCACGGCCACCCGCAGGACGACGGCGCGUACCGGUCGCGUCUGAAGAGCAUGCCGCCCAGCGAGCCCGAAAGUCGCAGCCGCAGUCGCCCCGGCAGCGGCCACAGCCGAUCCCAGAGCGGCACCUUCCGCCUGCAGGAGAGCCUGCUCAAGCCCUUGACGAUCGGGUCCAAGGAGGACCUGGGCGAGGUCAACCGCCGCAUCCGCGAUUCUAUGCAAGAGCGUGGCCGCGCACGCGUCAAGGCCGAGUACGACCCGGAUGAGGACGCGGUUGUUGUGGACGGCGCUUCCAGCGGGGGCAACACAACGGAUGGCGAGGAGAAGAAAACGCGGUAAUGGAGAACCGACGGAGAUGAUGGACUCAGCCUGCAGUUUUUGUUUUGCGGCACGAUUGAACGUUGUAUUGUGUAUUUGUGUGUGUGUGUGUACAUAGAAAAGAUGAAGCCUUUAUGGAUGACGUCAGACGAUAGCAUCGGCCGGAGUUAAUCCGCUGC